GCGCCAACCGCCGCGCCGGGUGAACGUUGGGGUUUGUUAUUCUCGUACGUUCGUCCACCGUGACUUUUCUCUCGCGAAUUGAAAUCUGUCCGGAGAACAACAGACCUUGGGUUCAACCGAAUGACAUCGUGUUUCUUGAAGCGAAUGAUAAAAAAAAAUUUAAACGCGGUGAAACGAAGAAGGUAAAAAGAAAACAAAGACAAGAAAAAGAAAACGAUGCAGCAUCCCGUUAAAGGAGACUAACGUGAAAAUCGUAGUGCAAAAGUGACAUGAUUGGUGUACAGAGCGCAAUUGUGUAAUCUUCACGUUUAUUAUAGUGAAUAGAAUCGCAAGCGCGUCAAACUUGAAUAAGUGACGGACUUGAAAAAGGGACGGUGCACUCGUGCGUUCGCAUGCUGGAAGUUCAGGUCCAGCGGAUGUAGAUUCGCGAGUGAGCGCCAUGCGAUCUCAUACCUGAUCAAUGCAAAAACGCGGCCUUGCCCGCGGAUUUUUAAUGCCGCGCCAUCGUCGCGCCACGGACUUCUUUCGUAUUCGCAUUCACGGUACCGAGCACAAGACGACGAAGUCUCUCUGGGAUAUAAACAACCAGACACGUAAUCAGCGAGUCAUCGGCGCGAGUGGGAUGAAACGACUUUAAUUCGCGCAUGAGAGAGCGUCGUCGAUUUACGUUGCAGCUGCGUUUCAAAAGACGCAAGGGCGUUUCUUGAGAGUCAUUUUCCGUCUUCCGACGAAGAGAUGAGAAGGUCACGAUGCUGAGACCCGGAUCCUUAGUAGGCCUGCUGGUCCUCGUGGCCAUGCUGAAGAUCGCAGACUCGGACCGCUGUUUAACAACGUUGGAAGAAGUUAAUCCAAAGAGGGUGAUUCAUCAUGAAGGCGAUUUCUUGCACAUUCAGUUCGAAGUAUCGAGAAGAGUCACACAUAAAUUGACGUCAGAGAUCAUGAAAAUUUUUUUGACCGAAGUAUUGGGUUACACCAACAUCAGCAUCGUCAGUAAGGAUAACAAAUUCAACGUAUCCGAGGUCUUCGAGAGGCUAUCCGAGAAACCAUACGAUGAACACAUAAAAGUUCCAGUGACGAUGGUGAACAUGGAGGUGUGGAUUCCGCCACAGCAGGACACGGCGCCGCUGCUGAGUAAAUACAACGUGAAGGAAUGUGGCUCAAUAGCGCCACCGGGAUACUUUGGUUGGUUUGUUCCGGAGGCGUUAGCCAGACUCGAUGAUAGCUGGCUAAUUUUCUCCAGAUUGGAGACCGCCAACAGGUUCGCCAUCGACGAGGCAUAUCUGCCGAUCAUUAAAAAUUCCACGAUAGAUCCGGAUACCAGCGAUUACUACUGCCGCGAAGCUUUUUGCCAGCAUGGAAUGUACGUCCCGGAACAAUGUCAAAGUCAAGGACAGCAGAGGACACCGCAAUGCGCGCUUUUGUUAGCCGCACACUCGGAUGUCACGCUUUUCGUGAAGGAGCAUAUCGAUAAGAUGAAGCUGUACGUGAAGGUGGCGUGGGUGGGUCCGAAUCUCAGAUACUUGACUAAGAACUUGACCAGGGAAUACAUGCAAUUCGCGCGGAAUUCGUCGGCUUCCGUUGAAAAUAGAUCGCUGGUGAUUUUGCACUAUUUUCCCAGCACUGUGAUUCCGAAUGGGAGAGAAUUUACAAUGAUAAAUUUUCCACGUUGCGGAGCGAACAAGGGUUCGAUCGGCUGUGCUUACGAGUCGAAUAGACUAACGAAGCUAGUGUGGGGUAGAUUGGAAUUGAUCGCGAAAAUCGCUUUCCAGGCGAUUAGUCGUGCGAAGUUUAGCCAAGAAAUGUACGAGAAUUUGAUGUUGCGACGUAUGCGGGCAGCGAAUGACGUCUCGGACAAACAGAUUGCUUGCGAAUGGUUGAGAGAGAAUCUUAAUUAUACUCUGACGGAAUGGAAGCCAAGCAAUGACUACAAGAACACCUUAUUUGUCGGAGGAAUAUUUCCCAUGACUGGCAACUCAUACAUGGCCAAGUCGAUUGUGAUCGCCGCUAAGAUGGCGAAGGAAAUUAUUAACGUUAACAACACUCUGUUGAGAGAUUAUAAUCUGACUCUGCUAGCCAACGACGGCCAAUGUAAGUCGGACAUGGUAAUGAAGUCCUUUAUCGACUAUAUCGUACAUAAUCAUUAUCAGAAGCUAGUCGGCGUAUUGGGACCGGCAUGCUCGGAAACCGUGGAACCAUUGGUCGGAGUAUCGAAACAUUACAAAACAGUGAUUAUCAGCUACAGCGCCGAGGGAUCUAGUUUUGACGAUCGCAGCAAAUAUCCGUACUUCUUUAGGACUAUUGGCGAGAAUAAGCAAUACAAAUACGUGUACCUGCAGCUCUUGAAGAAGCUGGGCUGGCAUCGGGUGGCGUCCUUGACGGAAGAUGGACAAAAGUACACCGAAUAUAUAUCGUAUAUGCAGGAUAUGCUCAGAGAUAACGGCAUCGUAUUUGUGGCAAACGUCAAGUUUCCAAGAGAACGAGAAACCGACGUGAUGACGAAUUAUCUACAAGAUUUGAAAGAAAGGCGAGCAAGAAUUAUUAUCGCAGAUGUGUACGAUGAAAUAGCUCGUCAGGUCAUGUGUGAAGCAUAUAAAUUGGAGAUGACAGCUGUUCAGGGCUACGUCUGGUUUCUUCCGCUUUGGCUUCAGCAACAAUGGUAUGAUACCGAUUAUUACAAUGAACUGGGCGAAAAUGUACUCUGCACUACGAGCGACAUGAUGAAGGCCAUAAACGGGCAUCUCGGUUUGUCACACGCGUACUUUGCUCGCGACGACAGUAUAAUGCAGGAGGGAAUCACGGUGCACGAAUGGCGCGAGCGUUAUGAAUACAUCUGUCGAAUGCAGAAUCCUCCGCUACAGCCCUCUAAUUACGCCGGCUAUGCUUACGAUGCUAUGUGGACGUACGCUUAUGCUGUAGAUCGACUUCUCCAUGAAAAUGAGAGCUAUGUUUUCGAUCUUCACAGUAACCACACGGUCAAUCGUCUCACGACCAUUAUUGGAGAGACUGAUUUUAACGGGGUAUCCGGAAGAAUACAGUUUUUAGGGAGACCAUCGAGAUACUCGGUUGUCAAUAUCGUUCAGUUUAUCAAUAAUGAGACGCACAUUGUUGGUAAUUUUUAUCCGAAUACUUCGGAAGCCAAACACGAAAUAACCGGCGGUACGUUGGAUUUAAAUAUAUCGGCUUUCGUUUGGUUGUCGGAGACAAUGCCCGACGACGGUUCAGAACCUCCGCUGAGAUGCGUUUUAGCGGGAUUGGCAGAGCUGUUGGAUGUCUCUUGCGAAGUAGCGAUAGUAGUGGCUAAUAUUAUCGGUUUCGGCCUCCUCGGAGCAAUUCUAAUCAUUGGCUUUAUCAUGGUUAAGCGAAAAUACGACGAAAAAGUGCGGCAACACGAAAAGUAUAUGAAGUCCCUGGGUAUCGAUCUGUCACAGACGGACACUUCUAGUUUAGAUGUAUGGGAAAUUCCUCGAGAUAGAGUAGUAAUCAAUCGAAAACUUGGAGAGGGAGCCUUCGGUACCGUUUACGGUGGCGAAGCUUUCUUCCCUGAUAAGGGUUGGCUAGCCGUCGCCGUGAAGACUUUAAAGGUCGGCAGUUCGACCGAUGAAAAGCUUGAUUUUUUGAGCGAGGUCGAGGUCAUGAAGAGAUUCGAGCACAAAAAUAUAAUCAAAUUAUUAGGUGUAUGCAUAAAGUGCGAACCUGUGUUAACCGUGAUGGAAUUUAUGCUUUACGGCGACUUGAAGACAUAUCUUUUGGCCAGAAGACAUUUGGUCAAUGAUCGGAGUUAUGAAGAUUCCGAUGAGAUCUCGAAUAAAAAAUUAACCGCCAUGGCGUUGGAUGUUGCUAGAGCGCUCAGUUAUUUAGCGCAAUUGAAAUAUGUUCACAGAGAUGUCGCCUCUCGCAAUUGUCUGAUAAAUGCCCAGCGAGUGGUGAAACUCGGAGAUUUCGGCAUGACGAGACCAAUGUAUGAAAAUGAUUAUUAUAAAUUUAAUCGAAAGGGCAUGCUACCAGUAAGAUGGAUGUCGCCAGAAUCGCUGGCACUAGGUAUCUUCACGCCAGCAUCCGAUGUCUGGUCUUACGGAGUAAUGCUCUACGAGAUUGUUACAUUUGGCAGUUUCCCUUUUCAAGGGAUGAGCAACAAUGAAGUACUCUCGCAUGUGAAAGCUGGUAACUGUCUCACCGUGCCGAAAAAAGUGAAAAUGCAGCUCGAGAGUUUAAUGUAUUCCUGUUGGAAUGUGGACCACACGAAGAGACCAUCAGCGCCGGAGAUUGUUGAUUUUCUGGCGACAAAUCCUCGCAUCAUCUCGCCGUGCCUGGAUGUACCUCUGUCGAGUGUGCAGCUGGAGCACACCGCGCAGCUUGACAUACAAUUAUCAGAGAACAACCGAAAGUUCUCCCUUUCGUGGCCAUCGCAGCGUUCAGCUCCGCAAAUUCAAGAAUCAAAAUCCCCGAACUCGCCAACGCCGCUUCUACUGGACUUGAACGGCCAGGAUGAUGAGCAAAAUUUAGAUUCUCUACUAAUCGGCAUAUCCUGCGAACAAGACAGUUCCAGCCCUUUGCUGGAUUCCACGAGAGCCUCGAUUUUAAAGCAAAUGUGGCUCCAAGAGAAUUCCAAUGACAACCAAGCUCACAGGUACGUCAAUCUUCAGCCAGAUAUGCUAAAAAUAGCUUGCGAGUCUGGCAGGAAUGGUAGCGCUGGAAACAUCCAAAUGGAGGAAAGAACGUCCAUGCUGUCCGAAAAGAAAAGCACCGACAACGUAUCAGUGCUCUGAUAUAAGUAAAUGAUUUUAUGAAGAAAUUGAAACCUAGUCAGAUGCCUCGAAGUAUGCGGUGUUCUAUUAAAGAGAAAUAACAAGUUCAAUAUCAGAAUCCAGGAUACAUGAUGAAUGUCCUGGAAUAAAGCAAGAGAAUUGACAUGAAUGAGUUUAAAACAUUUGCUUCAGCGAAUGUAAUCGCUUAAGUCAUACGAAAAGGUUUUUUUUUUUUAACAAAACCAGAGAAAAUUAGCCCUCCGCGGCUGAUACAGCAUUUUAAUUAACUAAUUAAAUAUUCUCUGAAUUUUUUCAACAUGGAGAAACUAUAUUGGGCUAAAUGGUUAUAAUAGCAAUGAAAACGUUGAUUCUCAGAAAAGAAUUCCUAGUGCGUUUGGAGAUAUGAUAUCUCGAAAUAUGCGUACUCGUAUAGCGAAACUCUGUCUCGAAUAAAUUAAAACUCGUAGGAGAUAAUGAGGCCUGAUUGAAAUACUAGUCGACAUUCAAUUAUUUUAAUAAUAAGAUUUUUCCAAUAUGUGUGUCUUUAUGUCUCUUUAAGUAGCACGUUUAAAUUAUAGCUCAUAUGUUUAUAUUCAGACAUGCAUAUAUAUAUAUAUAUAUAUAUAUAUAUAUAUAUAUAUAUAUAUAUAUAUAUAGACAUACAUAUAUUUUAAAUAAUUUUAGCAACUCAAAAUAAAAACAAAAAAUGAGCAUGGCUAAUAAAAAAGUAAUUCUGAAUUACUGAACAUGAAUAUUGGCAAAAAAAAAAAAAUGAGAAAGUAUCGAUCUUUUUGGAAAUACUAUAAAACAUAUACAAAAAAAUCGAGACAGCUAGCUAUCGAUGGCGAAACUAAUUUACCGGAUCCAGUUUGAGACUGACUUCCAUUGCGAAAUUUAAUCGCAUCAUCUGACCGGUCGUAGACAUAGAUGACAUUAUUCAUUAUCGCAGGCAAAUAACUAAAAAGGUACAAAAGAGAAGAAUCACUUCUCGUAAAUGUGUUUUUCGCGAAAUCGAAGAGACGAUCGACGUCAAUGCAUCCUUCAUCCAGCAGUUCUGUCGCCUUCUGCUCAAUGCAUCUUUAAGACUGAUUCUCGAGAUGCAAGGGACGCAUCGUAUCGUUCUUUAUCCUUUGUUUUCUUUUAUUUCUUGUCGAAUAAUAAUUUGUUCGAAAAGAAGCUAGCGCAUUUGAUUAAAUAAGAUUCGGUAUUUUGCGAAUGACGACGUUCGCGUAACCAUGACAUUUUUUUCUCGCUUGUUACACUUAAAAGAUCAGUGAACAAUUCUUCCCUGCUUCUUAAUAUCCCCUUGCAAAUGCGACUACACGUUUGUUGCACGUUCGAUCACGUUCUCGUCAACACAUCACGGAUUAAUUAAUAUUGUAAGAUUAAUCACCAAUUGACUGUGUACUCGAUUGACAGAUGCAAUUAUUUAUUGAUAUAUAACGAGUGGAUUUCUUGCAAAAGAUUUUUAUACGGAAUAUGUUUCUCAUUAAGGGUCCACUUAAUAGCAUUCUUGUAUAAAAUAGUGUUACCAGAUGACAGAUGGAACAUCAUGUUUUGUAUAAAUAAAUUCACAUAAUAUAUUUAACUCUUUCCAGUAUCUAUCGACAGUUCCUUCAGAAUUGUUUCUCUUUAUGUUCCUGCAUUCUCGAAUGAAUGAUAAAACAUCGAAAUGUGUACAUAAAAUAUAUAUGAGCCUCUUAUUUCAAAAGUGACGAUGAUAAAAAAUUUUUCGAGUCUAGACUCGCAUACCGCUUUCGAAAUAAGUGACUUGUGUGUAAAAAAUAAACGUACAUUCGUUAAAUAACAAGUGCAAACAAUCAUGCAACCAGUUACUACACUUGAGUAUAAUUUAAAGAAUUAUUAUCAUAGGAUUAUAAAACACACUGGAAAGGGUUAAUUUUCAGCGUCCGCUGUUUAUUAUGACUGAAUAGCUAUACAAUUAAUAGAAUUCACCGAAAAUGUUCAUAUAGAGCAUCAAAGACUCUGAUAGAAAAGUAUUUUUAAUUCUCGAUUCCAAUUCAUAACUGUUUGCGCACAUUCGUCAACGUUGCGAGAAACAUGUCUUUAAUUAUAUUAUAUUGUAUGUAACGCGCAAUAUUAUAUUACGUUCUUUGCAUCAUGAAAGGCAGUAUAGAUGAUAUUCAUUCAAGCAUCACUAUCCGACAAUCUUUUUAAGACUUAUUUUAUUAUAGUUAUAAUUUUUUAAUACGUAUAUUUGUAGAAGCUCAAAUAAAAAGAUAGACAAAAAAAACCUAUGUACAGAUAAAAAAAUAAAAAUAUAUAUAAAGAGUAUAAAAUAUUUAUAAAAUAAUGCAGGAUGAGUUAAAAAAGUAAGAAAAUAAUAUUUAUUUUAUUUAAAUUUUUUAUACUUAUAAAAAUAUAGUGGCUUUUUUCAAAUGUAAAUCGCUCGAAUUCAUAACAACAUUUAUGUACAACUAUAUACGUAUAUACCAUAAAAAUAUAGAGAUAUUGUACGCCAGUAUCGCGUACAUAUAUACAUCACAAUGAUUAGAAAAUUAGUCCUUAUUUUAUUGCGCGCAGAGAUAAACUUUUUUUUAUUAUUCAUCUGAUCGAAGAAUAAUAUUCGCGAUGUAUUGCGAUCGAAUAUAUAUUCCUUUGACAGAUAUAAAUUGUAGGCUCUUGUAAAAAAAAAAUUUUACAUAUAUUUGUAUGUGUACAUACCGCGGCAUAUUAUUAAUAAGUCCUUCCUAAUAGUUAACUAUAUAAAAAUAAUGCGAUUACUCCUAGAGCACGCAUACAACCCUUGAUUUUACUCGCUACCAAUUAUACCAGUGUUAUUUAUUGUCAAAUUACAUAUAUUGUAAUUAAGCCCAUGCGAAUGGUAUUCGCAGCAUAUGUUCCUUGAGCGCAUGCUUAUUGUGCCUUUUGGAAUUAAAUAAUGAUAAACAUA